AUGGCCACCACGGGGGUGAAUGUCCUCCGCUGGGGCGCGCUGGCAUUCGGUGUCUUCUACGGCUUCUCACACCAAUCCUCCAUCCGAUCAUCCGACCGCAAAGCGGCCGCGCAGCACGAAUGGGACCAGAAGACGAAGAUGAUUGAGGAUGCGAGGAAAGCGUACGCGGACAAGAAGAACCCUCCAAAGCAAGGAGUGAUAUCCGAUCCCGACGACCCGAAGUUCGACCUGGAAAAGUACUUGACAGAUGUUGCUCAGCGGAACCCGCAAUGA